AUGGCUGCACUCGGCGUUUACGUCAUGGUCUCGGCAUCGCCUGACAAUGACGCAUACUAUGGCAAGUACCGCUACUCGACCAUUACCAAAAAAUUAAGCUGUUCUGGGAAAGUAUCAACCAGCGGAGGUGCGAAGACCGUAGAUCAGACCGAGACCUGCUAUCCGGCACUGCUGCUUGAGUACGGCAAGAAGAUUAUUCAAAACUUUGCCCAGUACGACAACACGCUGGGCAUUGUUGUGGCCAAUGAAAUCAUGCAGGAAGAUCUUACGUCCGCUUCAUGUGUGAAAGCCUAUGUAGCUGAUCUGAAAAAUUGGAUGAAGGUUAACGGCAAAAAGUUGCGUAUUUUGCCGCUCGCCUAUGCUGCUGCUGACAGUAGCAACAAUAAAGUUGAAAACGCAGAUGACUAUCACGUCAUCAAAGUCCAAGGACUGCUCUGUGGAGAUCGGAUGGUUGAUGGCAUGAUGACAGAGAGUAUCGAUAUAUAUAUGAUCAAUGAAUAUCGCUGGUGCCCCGACUCGACGUUUACCGAGGCAUGCAAGCGAUACAUCGACAUGGCUCAGGGCAUAUCCAUCGUUGUUGCGUUCGCUCCAUCAAAGCUGUUCUGA